AAUUACUAGAGGAAAUCAUCAAGACCCUAAUUUAUUCGAACUCUGUGUACUCCACAUUUGACUAAUAAUGCCGUUGUUUGUUAAUUUGCAGGGUUUGAGAAGAAGCUUAUUUGGGGCAUCGGAUCAGCUAUGCUACUUUUCUUCUCGAGGUAAGAAAAAGGCAAACUCAGAUAGCGAUUCAGGCGAAGAGAAUUUGUCCAAGAAAGACUUGGCUUUGAAACAAGCACUAGAUCAGAUUACUACAUCAUUUGGAAAGGGAUCCAUCAUGUGGCUCGGUCGCACGGAAUCCCCCAAACAAGUCCCUGUAGUGUCUACUGGAUCUUUUUCUUUGGAUAUUGCCCUUGGGAUAGGGGGACUUCCGAAGGGACGCGUAAUAGAGAUAUAUGGUCCUGAGGCUUCAGGGAAAACAACUCUUGCUUUGCAUGUAAUUGCAGAGGCGCAGAAACAAGGAGGUUAUUGCUGUUUUGUUGAUGCUGAGCAUGCUCUUAAUCCAACAUUGGCUGAGACGAUUGGAGUAAAUACUUCAAAUUUACUUUUAUCUCAACCAGAUUGUGGUGAGCAAGCUCUUAGUCUGGUAGAUACAAUAAUAAGGAGUGGUUCGGUUGAUGUUGUUGUUGUGGACAGUGUCGCUGCCCUUGUCCCGAAAGGUGAACUUGAAGGUGAAAUGGGAGAUGCUCAUAUGGCGAUGCAGGCUAGACUGAUGAGUCAAGCACUCCGCAAGCUCAGUCAUUCUCUGUCGCUAUCACAGACCAUUUUAAUCUUCAUAAAUCAGGUCAGGUCAAAGCUUUCAACUUUUGGGGGAUUUGGAGGGCCUUCUGAAGUUACUUGUGGCGGUAAUGCCUUGAAGUUCUAUGCUUCUGUGCGUCUAAACAUAAAGCGAAUUGGGCUCGUCAAGAAGGGGGACGAGACCAUAGGAAGCCAAGUUGUCGUCAAGAUUGUAAAGAACAAGCAUGCUCCUCCAUUUAGAACAGCGGAAUUUGAGCUUGAGUUUGGUAAGGGAAUUUCGCAGGAAGCUGAACUUAUUGACUUGGGAGUCAAACAUAAGUUCAUUACAAAAGGUGGUGGCGGUUAUUACAGUAUCAACAAUCAGAGCCUUCGUGGUAGAGAUGCUGUAAAACAUUUCUUAGUUGAGAACACUGGUGUAAGGGAGGAUCUUAUGACGAAACUUAGAGAGAAGCUUAUUGACCACGGGGACAAACCUGAUGUGGAGUCUGUACAUGUAGACCCUGUUGAGGAGGUUGUAUUGAAUGGUACCUCCACUGAUGAAGAUGCCGCAACUGCAGUUGAGGCGUCAUGAAGGUUCGGAAAAGCUUACCGGACUUGCCUUACCUAGUCUAAUGAGACUGCUGGCAUUCAUGUCCAUAUCAGUGUGCCGGUUGAGUCUUGGGAAAAAAGUGGAGCAUCCUCGGUUUAUCACAUGGCUUUGUAUGUUGUGUGAUUGUGUCAACAUCAAUUUUGAUCGCAUGGUCUAUGGAAUUAUUGGAUUAGAUAAAGGGAUGGGCCUGGCUUUAGUUCAAUUUUUUCCCAUUAAUCUGCUAAAAUUCUCUUGUACAUAACAGUUAUAACUUCAAAGAGAAUCUGUAUCCGAUCAUUUAUUUCAGUAAAGCUCUUCCUCUGUCUGAUUGAAGCCUUGACUCAGGCGGCGGGGAUUCAUUUUAUCUCAAUAUUCAGAUAUAUAGGGUGUGUUCGGGAACUUGUGUAACUUGUUUCCCUAGAGAAUGUUUUCCAAAGCUUUUGACCAAUCGAACAUUGGAAAGCAUCCAUACCAAACACAUACAUAGUGGCAAGAAUACGUUUUGUAUAAUUUGAGUUUGAGUUUGCCAAAAUAUUUAAUAUCUUUU